UCCGAGGAGCGGUGCCUCGCAGCCGCUUCCCACUUUGCUCACUGGGCGAUCUGCAUGGGAAGUUGGGCGCGAUGGCCAGGGUCGUGUUGGCGUGGGUUGCGCUCUGCUGGCUAACAGCCAUGGUUGGAGGCCUGCAGGUCACGGUGCCCGACAAGAAGAAGGUGGCCAUGCUCUUCCAGCCCACAGUGCUUCGCUGCCACUUCUCCACCUCCUCCCAUCAGCCUGCAGUCGUGCAGUGGAAGUUCAAGUCCUACUGCCAGGAUCGUAUGGGGGAAUCCUUGGGCAUGUCCACUACCCGGAUCCAGUCCCUCAGCAAGAGAAACCUGGAGUGGGACCCUUACUUGGACUGUUUAGACAGCAGGAGGACUGUUCGAGUGGUAGCCUCAAAACAGGGCUCCACUGUCACCCUGGGAGAUUUCUACAGAGGCCGGGAGAUCACCAUCGUCCACGAUGCAGAUCUCCAAAUCGGCAAACUCCUGUGGGGAGACAGCGGGCUGUAUUACUGCAUCAUCACCACGCCCGACGACCUGGAGGGCAAGAACGAGGACUCCGUGGAGCUGCUGGUGCUGGGCAGGACAGGGCUGCUUGCUGAUCUCUUGCCCAGUUUUGCUGUGGAGAUUAUGCCAGAGUGGGUGUUUGUCGGCCUGGUGAUCCUGGGAAUCUUCCUCUUCUUCGUGCUGGUGGGCAUCUGCUGGUGCCAGUGCUGCCCUCACAGCUGCUGCUGCUACGUCCGCUGCCCGUGCUGCCCAGAGUCCUGCUGCUGCCCUCAGGCCUUGUAUGAAGCAGGGAAGGCAGCAAAGGCCGGGUACCCUCCCUCUGUCGCCGGUGUCCCCGGCCCUUACUCCAUCCCCUCUGUCCCUUUGGGAGGAGCCCCCUCAUCUGGCAUGCUGAUGGACAAGCCGCAUCCACCUCCCCUGGCACCAAGUGACUCCACUGGAGGAAGCCACAGUGUUCGCAAAGGGUACCGGAUCCAGGCUGAUAAGGAGAGAGAUUCGAUGAAGGUCCUGUACUACGUGGAGAAGGAGCUGGCUCAGUUUGAUCCAGCCAGAAGGAUGCGAGGCAGAUAUAACAACACCAUCUCGGAACUCAGCUCCCUGCACGAGGAAGACAGCAAUUUCCGCCAGUCUUACCAUCAGAUGCGAAGCAAGCAGUUCCCUGUGUCUGGGGACUUGGAGAGCAACCCUGACUACUGGUCAGGUGUCAUGGGAGGCAGCGGUGGGGCCAGCCGGGGACCCUCAGCCAUGGAGUACAACAAAGAGGACCGGGAGAGCUUCAGGCACAGCCAGCAGCGCUCCAAAUCGGAGAUGCUGUCCCGGAAGAACUUCGCCACGGGGGUGCCAGCCGUGUCCAUGGACGAGCUGGCGGCCUUCGCCGACUCCUACGGCCAGCGGUCCCGGCGAGCCGAUGGAAACAGCCACGAGGCGCGGGGCGGCAGCCGCUUCGAGCGCGCCGAGACGCGGGCGCACGGGGCCUUCUACCAGGACGGCUCCCUGGAGGAGUACUACGGGCCGCGCAGCCGCAGCCGCGAGCCGCUGACCGACGCCGAGCGCGGCUGGUCCUACAGCCCCCCGCGCCGGCGGCCGGCGGAGGACGCGCACCUGCCGCGCCUGGUGAGCCGCACGCCGGGCGCCGCGCCCAAGUACGACCACUCGUACCUGGGCAGCGUGCUGGAGCGGCCGCCGCGGCCCGAGGCCGGCGCCAGCCGCGGCGGCAGCCUGGAGACGCCGGCCAAGCUGAGCGCGCAGCUCGGCCCGCGCAGCGCCUCCUACUACGCCUGGUCGCCGCCGGCCACCUACAAGGCGGGCGCGCCGCGGGACGACGACGACGACGACGACGACGACGAGGAGGACGCGCCCGACGACGCGCUGCCGCCCUACAGCGAGCGCGAGCUGAGCCGGGGCCCGUCCUACCGCAGCCGCGACCUGCCCUUCCACAGCAACUCGGAGAAGAGGAGGAAGAAGGAGCCCGCCAAGAAAACUAAUGACUUCCCAACCAGGAUGUCACUUGUGGUCUGAUGUUUUCAAGACAUCUCUCUGAAUGACUAGAAAUCAGAUGCAGACUACAGGGACAAGACAUAAAUCCAAGAGACAGCAGGCCCAGGAUCUUCUCUGGCCACCGCCUUGGAAGAUUUGCUGGUCUCUGCUUUGGCAAAGGAUGGGAGGCAGCCUUUAAGGGAGGCAGAUUUGAACCUCAAGAGCCCGGCUAACUAGUUUGAGAAACUCACCAAGAAAGCAAUGACAAGUGAGAACUUUCUCACAUGCAGAGUUUCUCAAUUUAUCCUGCUCAGCCUCCUUCCUUAAUGGAUCCAGGACUCCAUUUCUAAUUCUGAAAGAGAGUUAGCUCUGGACUGCUAAUCUCCGGAAAUCGCCUAUGCCUACGGUCUGCUUUUCUAUACCUCCCGGGCUGUGCUCAGAGACAGAAGAAUUUAGCACUGCUAUUGGAAGAAGGCCUUCUGCUGACAAGGGACGAUAGCUUCACGGCAAAAUACAGCUUUUAUCCCCAUCACUUCUCAGUCACAAGUCAAUGACUGUUGUUACACUCAAAUCAGAAGACCUUUGGUGUGAGCUCAGUGACGGCGACCUCCACAGAAAUUACUUCAAUUUGCUGUUCGGAAUGACAAUUCUUGAGUGGCUGGGACAAAAAGAGUACGCCAUUUUGAUAAAGCGUCUAAGUGGUAUUUCUUUGUCCAUUCUGAGAAUAUAAACUGCUUUUUCUUUCUGCUGUACACAUCAACGUCUGAGUCUUGGACAGUAAGGGCUCUUCUCUUCCUCUCCUAACAUUCCCACUGGUUGGUGCCACACACAGCACCCCACCUCCUCUGCACUCUGAUUAACUUGUCAUCAGGUGCCUUUUGAUAAGUGUUUAAAAUACAGGAAAGACAAGAGUGAGAGCAAGAGGAGAAAGAAGUAGUGCAUGAUAGAAAGGCUGAGAAAGAGUUUAAGAGGAAAAGAAAUGUGGUGUCAUUAUAGUUUGAAUUUAGGACCUUUUCCAUGCAAACUCCACUCAGUCUUUUCUGAUUUUAUACUUCAUUGAUUAUGAAUUGUUUCUGCCAUCUCAAUCCCAGGACACCAGGGAUGUGGGGCAUGCAUCUUUUUGGCCUGCCUACGCUGCCAUUAUAGAUGCAUUUGGGAGACCAAGGAUAUUGCUUUCUCGGGAAGGAGUAAUUCCUAGUCCUACCCUUGCCUAAAUGACAGAUUUUUGCCUGAAUUCCAAAACUAGAUUCCAUUAGAUUUUGUAAUGUGUAUAGAUUGCAAAAAAAAAUGGCCACAAGCUCUUUGUUUCUCAUCAAGAGGUGCAGUCCUGUUUUCUACCCCUUGAACCUGGAGUUGACCAUGUGAUUAGAUGUGGCCAAUGGCCCUAUAGAAAUUUGACACCUGCAGAGACUUGAAAGGGACUUGUCCUGUCUUGAUGCUCUUGAGAAACUUAGAGCCAGCACCAGGUGAGUGAACCAGGACUGUCGUGCUGCAUGAUGAGAGAAAGGGGCCUGCUUAGCCCUAGCACCCCAUCUGAUGGCCUAGCAGCUCUCAGAUGAUUGCAAACACGUGAAUGAGCCCAACCAAGACCAAUAAAAGAACUGCCUAGCUGAGCCCAGCCAAAUUGCUGAUUCCUACCCAAGGUGUGAGAAGUUGGAGCACUCUAUAUGCUCAUUUCUCUUCAAGGACAAAACUGACACUUUCCUCUUAUCAGAAUAUUCAGCCCUGAGUCCCUUCCUCCUUGGAACCUUAGGUGUCUCACAGCCUCCACUUUCUUUGAUAGACUUUGAUCAAAGUGUUUCGCCCUGUGCUAUUACGUUGGGACUCAUGGUUGAGUCAAAUCAGUGGAGGAGGAGGAUGCUUGACCUCGCUGUCCCCUAAGCCAGCAGAGGUCCAUUCCCUAUCCAUGGAGCUAUGGACAACCUCUGAAGAAGAUUUCUUCUCCAGCGUCUCUUUGGGCUUCUCCAGAGCCACUUAACUGGAGCUAGGCCCUAUUUUCAGAGUAUCAUUCCAUUAAUAUCCUUUGUACUUAAUGGCGUUGCCAAAAAAGACCUAUGUGUGCAUUGAAAAGAAGCAGCUGAGUGAGGAUCGAGAGGAUGAACUGGUAUUACUGUUUGCUGGAGAACUGGCCUUCCGAAGGACUUCAGUUACUCUGGCCUCUCCCAGAGGCACCAGGGGGACAAUUCAUCCCGGUGUUGGCACGUCCAAGGGCUGGAAGACACAAACCUGGUGCUGAGUUUCAAACUUGCUGGUGUCCCUGGCUUCUGAAAGCAAAGGUCUAGUCUGGUUGGGCCCCAAUUUAGAUGGGAAAGAUGAUUAAAACAUCACUUCUUAGUCACCAGCUUUGAAUUUCAACUUGCUCAGGCAAUUUUGGAGAAUGUUGCGUAGCUGCAGUAGCUAUUAUCACUUUAUACUGAGCACUGUGUCAGGCUUCUCACCACCAAAGAGCCCCGUAGCACCAGCUGCAGAGGCCAAAAAUAUUGCUUUCUUUAGCCAGGGGCAUGUCUGAUUUUUGGUGAAGGUUGAGGAGAGCAAUGGGAAAGAAUUAUUAAAAUUGGAAACCUGCAAUUCCAAAGACAAUGAAACUAUAGACAGACAAUUUAAAAAUACAAAGAAGAUAAGCAGGCUACUGAAAUAACCUUGGGGGAGAGGACUAGUUCUCUGUAGGGCUGCGUGAAUCACUCAGACUUCUGGGUCUUCAGGGAAGAGAAAAAGUAAUUGUUUCUGGAUACGUGUACAGGAGAGAAGGCCAAAUAGACAAGUCAAGGCACAGCUGGCUUCUGUCUAUAUAUUCCUUUGUUUCUUCUUCCUGAAUAGUGUCUGCAUAGGAAGUGCAUAUACAUGUUCUCUUCCUUCUUAAGUUUUAUUGGGAUAUAAAAUAAGUCUUGUGUAAGACAGUAGUUUUUGUCCAGUGGGACUCUGCAAUUUAAUAGGGGAAAUAAGAUAUUUCUAAGAAAGAGGAUAUGAUACGAAAUAGUGCUAUGGAUAAAUUACAAUAAACCCAGAGAUUUAAAGGAUUUUUUUAUUUAAAUGGGAAUAUUUUGGUAUGUAACUGUUGUGUGUGUUUGUACGUUUAUACCAUUUAAACAUGAUCAGUGGUCUGACUAGCUAAUAUUGAAAGUAUGAACUUAGGAAGUGAA